AUGGCUCCAAGUAAUGAAAUCGAAGAGUUAAAAAUUCAUUCAAGUGAUUAUAUCAGUGAUAUAAAGUUUUUUAAAGAUUUAAAGAAGUUUAUGGUGACAUCUUGGGAUGGAUCAUUGGGUAUAUAUAAUUAUAGCAACCGAGACAAUGUUUAUAUAGAGAAUGUGAUACAUUACGUCCAUCCAAUUUUAUGUUGUUGUGAAGUUAUUAUUAAUGGAAAACGCAAAUUGUAUGCAGGAACCGUACAAGGUGAAAUUUUGUUAUUAGAUGAGAUCAACAAUGAAUUUGUCAAGUUAAAUGGUAUUGAAAUAAACAAAGGGAUACCUUCUCUUUGUGCAUACCGUGACAAAUUAAUUUGUGGCUCAUGGAAUGGUUCUUUGCAUAUUAUUGAUUGUCAUACCAAUAGUGUUGAUUUCAAAAUUCAAUUAGACGGAAGGAAAAUAUUCAAAAUGAGUUCAAAUGAUGAAAAGUUGAUACUUUAUGCGACAAAUAAUACGACGUUAUAUUUUGAUCUGCCACUGCAAAAAAAUAGUGAAGGUAUAAAGGUAGAGUCAGGACUAAAGUUUCAAACGAGAGAUAUUGCAUUGACACCAGGGGGGUGUGGUUAUGUUUCAAGUAGUGUUGAUGGAAGAGUUGCUGUUGAAUACUUCGAUGAUGAAUCCAAAAAAUUUGCAUUUAGAUGUCAUAGAAUGACAUUAUCCGACAGUCAGUUUGUUUUCCCUGUUAAUACCAUUUGUUUCAUACCCAAUUCCAAUAUAUUAUAUACUGGUGGAUCUGAUGGCUGUGUAUCUUGUUGGAAUAUAUCUUCGAAAAGAAAAGUUGGUCAAUUACCCAAAAUCAAUGAAACCAGCAUUGUUAAACUUGCAUCAAACGGCGAUAUUCUUCUUAUUGCAACAUCUGACGACUCUUAUAAAACGAAUUCAAGUAUACCGGAAAAUUUAGAAUUACAACCUAGCAUGUUUUAUUUACUCUAUCUAUAA